CGCCACAAGUGUGGAAUGUUCCCACGGAUCCCAUUGGUUCGGGCUUGCUCGGCCGCCGCGGUCCCUCUUUAUUUCGUUUUACGUUUGAUUUUUUUUUUCCUUUACCCAUUUUAUUUUCCCCCUCACGUCGCCCGAUAUCACACACACACACACACACACACACACAAACACACACACACAAACACGCGCGCGCGCGCGCGUCGGCGCGAACGGUUUUUGCGCGCACCGCCGCGGAUCACGUUUUUCCGCCGCCGUCGAACAGGGUAGUCGUGGGGCACUACUAGCCAUUCAGUCGUACGCGGUCGCAGCCCGCGUGUACUCGUGUGCAGUUGUCGUCGCCGUCUCGGCGUUCCCGGAUCCCCAGAUACUUCGCGCCCAUCGUCGCACGUCUCCAAGACUCACGUCGGUCCCGGGACGGGUAACACAUAACAUUGAGACACCACCUCGCCGCACGAUUAAACACCAGUUCAAUCAUGUCAUGCAGUAAACAUAAUUAAAUUAAAAAAAAAAAAAAAAAUUUUAUUUCGAAAAAAAGCUCUUCCGGAUCGCGUAUACUACGAGCUACUUCCGCGUCAGUCGUUAACGACACGCGCGUCUCGCGGGUCGUGCAGCAGUCCUCUCACGUGUGCCAGCACGCCGCCACACAAUCUCGAGUACGUCGCGUUUUUACUGCCGGUCCGUCGAUUUCGUUUUGACACCUCUGUUUUGUGUCCGUUACUCAACCGUUUCGUCCGUCCAAGUCGCACGCGAGUCCCAACCAACCCUUUCCACGAGUAACCGAUUUUUACGCCGGGCCGCCAAGUCCGUCGCUCGUCGUUCUUCUUCCUAUUCUGGACACCGGCAACAAGACUCGAGAUUUAUGGGAACCUGGACGCUAAAAUCAGAGAAAGAUGGUGAUACGGAUGAUGGAGAAGUGGUAGGCUCUUUAAGCUGUUAUAACUCCGCGGAACUUCUAGGAGUACCAGCAAGGAUGCCUCACCAUUAUGGUCCUGAAGCUCCGAUGCAAUUUCGACCGGAACAACGUCUAACUAGAGAUGCAAUGGAGAGAUAUCUACGAGAUCGCAAUGAUUUAGUGUUGGUUAUUCUCCAUGCUAAAGUAGCUCAGAAAUCUUACGGUAAUGAAAAACGAUUUUUUUGUCCACCUCCUUGCAUAUAUUUAUUUGGCGAUGGCUGGAGACUUCGGCAAGAACAAUUAUUAAGAGAAGGAGUUUCUGAAGCUAAUUCUCAGAUGAGUGCCUUUAUUGGUAUUGGAAGCACUGAUCAAGAGUUACAACCACUUGACCUUAAUAACGGAAAGCAAUAUUGUGCUGCCAAAACGUUGUUUAUUUCAGAUUCAGAUAAACGAAAACAUUUUAUGUUAAUGGUUAGAAUGUUUUAUAAUAUUGGUUAUGACAUUGGUACAUUCCAUAGUAAACGAAUAAAGGUUAUAUCAAAACCCUCAAAGAAAAAACAAUCGUUAAAAAAUGCCGAUUUAUGUAUCGCAAGUGGAACAAAAGUAGCGUUGUUCAAUAGGUUAAGGUCCCAAACAGUCAGUACACGAUACUUGCACGUCGAAAAGGGCAAUUUCCACGCUAGCUCAACGCAAUGGGGUGCAUUUACUAUCCAUUUGUUAGAUGAUGACGAAAGCGAGAGUGAAGAAUUUAAUGUUAGAGAUGGAUAUGUGCAUUAUGGUAGUACUAUCAAGCUAGUUUGUAGUGUUACUGGUAUGGCAUUGCCACGACUUAUAAUAAGGAAAGUCGAUAAACAAAUGGCUCUCUUGGAAGCUGACGAUCCAGUAUCACAACUGCACAAGUGUGCGUUUUACAUGAAAGAUACAGAGCAUAUGUAUUUAUGUUUAUCUCAAGAGCGUAUAAUUCAGUUUCAAGCAACACCUUGUCCCAAGGAACCCAAUAAAGAAAUGAUUAACGACGGUGCUUGCUGGACGAUUAUAAGCACGGACAAGGCCGAGUAUCAGUUUUACGAAGGUAUGGGUCCCGUAAACUCGCCAAUAACACCUGUUCCGGUUGUUCACAGUUUGAACUUGAACGGUGGUGGUGAUGUGGCAAUGUUAGAAUUGACCGGAGAAAAUUUCACACCUCACUUACAAGUAUGGUUUGGUGACGUUGAAUCCGAAACUAUGUAUCGCUGCCAGGAGAGUAUGUUGGCCGUUGUACCUGAUAUAUCCUCAUUUAGAGGUGAUUGGCUGUGGGUCAGACAGCCUACCCAAGUACCAGUAUCUCUAGUGAGAAACGAUGGUAUCAUUUAUGCUACAGGGCUGACAUUUACAUACACGCCAGAAUCUGGACCCAGGAAUCACAUCCAACCCACAGAUGACAUUAUGCGAGCGCCACAUCCUCAUACUAGGUUACAGCCAGCCAUUAAUGACGUUCCGUGGAACCAACAUUCUAAUAUAAAAGAAUAUCAAUAAUAAAGAACAGCGUGAUUUGGACCAAUGAAAAAUACUUCGAUGGAGUAUUAUUAUUAUGAGUUAAAAAAUGUAAGAAACAUGUAUCAGAAAUUAUUUAGACAUGUUCUUUGCAUUUUAAGCAGUAUGAAUAAAUAAUAAUUUAUUAAAAUUCUAACGGUGGUAAAAUACUGUAAUAUUUUGAUAUACUUCCUUGAGGUUUCUAAAAAAAUCACAUAAAAAUAAAAUGAGAAAAUGAAAAUAUCUAAUAUGUAGACAUUUUUGUCGUUCCUUAAAUGAUAAUAGUUAUUUAUUUUAUUGAGAGAAUAUGACAAAGUGUAUACAGAGGCGGUAAUUAUAUUUUUAGUUGAGUUCUAAUCAAUAAGUUUAUUUUUAUUUGAAUUGUAAUUUGUAGUUGCACAUGAUUGUUCACAAAUUGGUUCCUUUUAAUUAUUUUGUACGACUAUUCUUGUAAACGAUUUCUUUUUCCGUCCAUUUGAUUGGCUAAACUAGCGAAUUUCUUACUUAAGUCUGAGAUCGUAAUUGUUGGCAUGAAAUUGGACAUACACCUGUUCUGUUAUUAUAUGAUUGUGCAAUGUCAUUAAGAUACUUUUUGAGAAAAUCAUUAUAGAUACUGCACGUUACUGCAUAUCUAAUUAUACAUUUGUAAUUUGGUGUGUGGAUCUCAUAAUAUCUUGAAUUUCAAAAGUGAAUCAAUUACUAUGCAAUAUUUAUCCUGGUUUUAGCUCCCGUUACAAACGGUUUUGAUUUUAAUGACUAUCUUAAUUAUCUAUAAGCUUCUCACGAAAUUACUAGUUGCUGACAUAAAUUAGUCUUGUCUACAAAUCGACAAGAGUAAAAACAAGUUUGAUCAUUAAUUGAAGUUGUUAACAGCUUUCAAUUUUAAGUCAAAUAAAUGUUACAAAAUAUAUAAUUAUAAAACGAUCAAUACAAUAAAUUAAAAAUAAUGACUCUCGUAUCUAAAGAUUGAAGAAAGAAAAAUGUAAUUACUUUACUAUUGAAAUUCGUGAUCCUUUUAAUUUGUAGGUAGUAUUUUUAAGUUUAUUUUUUAAGUAUAGAAAAGCAAAAUGCAUAUUCUAAGGUGCUUUAAAUUAUAUGUUAAAAAAAAAAAAUACAAUAUUAUUGUGCAAUGGUCAAUGAUAAUUUGUUUCCAGAUCUGAUUUUGUAGUUUUAAUUUAAGUGAAGUAUAAAACAAAAUAAACUUAUUUUUUUUUGAAUUUUUUUUAUGAUAAUGGUUAUUGCAAUUAAGAAUGUGUGAUAGAUAUAGUUAUCAUAUAGUUUGAAAACGAUAAUAUUAUGAAAUUUGAUCACUGUGAAUUAAUUUUAUUGUUUUUUGUAUUAUUAUAGUUUGUGGUAAAAAAUCUUAUUUUUAACACACGUCGUAAUCUCGAAAUGAUUCGUUUAUUUUCUCGUACAUUAUGCGUAGUACCUACUUACCACACAAUUUUGUACCGAUAUGUUUUAUUUAUUUUUAUUAUUUUACUACUUAUAUAUUAUAUAUGAUACGUAUGUAAUACUUAUUACUGUACCUGGACUUGACUGAUUUUAUAAACAAAGCGUAGUGUCUUUUUUUUUACUUUUAACCUGUUAUAACUAAAACUCGGUUGAUUUUAACUACUAGUUUUGCCUCUAUUCAUGCCAAACACUUGAUGACUACAAUAUUUAUUACUGUUUAAUUGUAUUUUAUAUAAUGUAACUAUAAGACAGUAAUGCCAAAGAAAAUUUAGUUUGUAAUGGUUGUGAUCGAUAUUUUAGAGCAUUUAUUUUGUUAUUCUUGUAUAGCUUUCUUCCAGUAAAUAUUUUCAUGAGAAAUCUGUCGCUUAUAAACACGCACAUAUAUAUAUUAUAUUUAUUGUAUUGUAUUUUAUUUCUUCGGUGGGUAUAUUUUGUUUGUGAUUUAUUGGGGCUGUUUAAUAUGUUUAUCUAUUUUCUCAUUCCUUGAUUUGUAUGUUUUGAUAACAAACAACCACGUAUGUAAUAUUGAAUUUUUCUUGUUUUAAAAAUGAAUUGUAUAUAAACGUAGUAUUUGUUUUUCGUUGUUAUAUCUUACAAAAAUUUAAUAUUUCAUUGUAUUUUACUCGAUUUACGAUCUAUAAUAAAUUCAUUGAAUUAAUCAUAUAAAAAAUAUGAGCUACUUAUUUAUUACAAUUUAUUCUAAAAACACGAAAUUUCGAAGAAUAUU